AUUGUCUUACACAACGCACUCGUGUGUCAUCCAUAGCCCUCUUCACACCGUACGUCACAUGCGAACACUGAUACCACCAAGUCUUUGUUUAUUAAACGCACACAUGGACACAGCCGCUUCUUCCUUAUCAUUCUUCGUACCGGGUCUGCUAGUACCGCGCCACCCUGUCUCGCGCAAGCUUCCAGAAUUUUCCGACUGCUCACAUACUCUUGUAGUCAGUUGAAACAAACACGAAGUCGAAAAUGUCAACUUACUUUGAUCCUCUAGGCGAAAUGGAGCCGAGCACCACGAAGUACACCCUGAAUGCCAGGGUCCCACCCAGACCGCCACCGCGCUGGUUGCCCAGCAUAUUCUCUAACGAACCAUCUACGAACACAAAUCUUGUUGCUGCCGCGCACAAAAUGCCUGCAUCGGAUAGCAAUACCUACUUCGAUCUUUUCGAACUCAAAGACGUUGGCGUUCUAGCCACCAAGGCCGUAGUUGUACAGAGUAUAGGGUUUCCAGUUGACAUGAGGUGCGCGCAUGUUCAGAAGGGAUAUCAGUGUAAAGAAGGUUGCUACUUUCUUGAGAAGGGUGGGGACGUGACAAGGUGGCGGUGCAAAAGGAAAGACUGUGAAGGACAUGUAUACUGUGGUAGAGUGAUGACGGAUGAUGAAGGAAAGAGCUGCUUUGGUAAGAAAGGAGAGAGGAUGGUAUGCUUGCAGAAAUAAUCGGAGGCAAUGUUCCAGAUAGUAUCUGUAUAAUAGUAAUACGGAAAGUGAACGAAUCAAGAUGAUAUUAUAAGCGUAGGUAUUGAG